AUGGUAUAUACAAGGGUUGGUGUUUGGAUACCUCAGUGCCCCCCAAAGAACUGGGAGGCUAGGUCGUGGUCUGGAGAUGGUAGACGGCCAUCAGGAGCACUCCACUCAACUGGGUUCACCUCACUCGAUCGAGCUUGCGGCUCCUCUCCUUCCUCUUCUUCAUCGAAGUGUGUGUGGCUCCCUUGGCCUUGGUGGAGCUGGCUAGCUCGUACUGUCCAUAGGGGUUCCAUCUACUCUGAGGGUGCUCCUGGUAAGGCGUUGGAUCGUACUCAAAUCCCGGAUCUCAAACUGGGCUCCUCCAGGUCAACUCGACCGUCAGCUCGAUCGAGUUGA